CGUCCUCAUUCAUUCCGGCUAAGGUCUCUUAUCCGGUUUAUCAUCUUCUGUAUCAGACACCUCACUCUCUCUCCCUCUCUCCCCCUCUCUCUCUCUCUGGGACAUGCUGUUUCCGGCGUCUUUCCGACUACUGAUCGUUUCAUAGGCGGCUGCUUUGGCUUCAUUGACUGCUUUCAUCAGUAUGAUAACGAUAGAGUAGUGUUGCAUAUGAAGAAGGGCCAUAUGAUUCUGUAGAAGGAAAAUGUCUUGCUUGUUGCCUCAAUUCAAGUGCUCUCCGGACACUUUUGCCGUCAAAAGAACGCCCCACCACCACCACCAAUCCGGCAUCCAUAUCCCUAAGGUUAGGCACCCUGUUUAUUUUCGGACGCAAUGCAUCUUAUCAACUGCAUCUCCAUCAGCAUCAACAGCAACAGCGACUGUGCUCGACAUUGAGAAGCUAGAAUUACCAUCUUUAGAUCUUUGCUCAGAUUCUAUUGAUUCAGAUAGAUCAUGGAAUCCACCAACAUCAGCGGUGACUACUUCUAUGCUUGACAUGGAGAAGUUAAAAUUACCAUCUUUUGAGGAUUAUUCAAAUUCAGUUGCUGCAGAUCGACUGUGGUCGUACACUGGUGCAGUUGGCCCGCCUACAGAGGCAAACUCUAAAACUGCUUUUCCUGCGGAAACUCUACUCACUAGUGAAGAGGCUGUUAUAGCCGCGGCUGCAUCUGAAGCAGUUGCUUUAGCAAAGGCUGCACUGAAGGUUGCAAAAGAUGCAGCGUUGUUGGUUGGUGGUCAUAAUUCGUCCAAGUUAGAUGAUAAGCAUAUAGAUACAGCAGAUAGUACCCUCUUUGAUAGGGCUCGGUUGGUUGAACCUGGUGAAAAAGUAGACAAGUCAAAGAUAAAUGGAAUCAGUUGUAAUGGAAGUAAUGUCUAUGAUUACCACUACACAAAAUCUGAUGAUGCGGAGCCCACACAUGAAGAGCUGGAACUUCUCCAAGCACAGCUGUCAAAGAAUAUAGCUGUCAGAUCCAAACGUCAAAAAGAACGAAAAGCUAGAAGAGCUAAUGCAGCAGAGAGGGCUGCAGCCAAUGAUGUGUCUGUAAAAUCUGGAUCUGCCCGCAGGAAAAAGCGUGCUACUUUACAAGACAUAGAUUACUCUGAUCCGUUGCGAUACUUGAGGGGAACUACCAGUACUUCUAAACUUCUUACAAUAUCUGAAGAGCAGCUGUUUUCAGAAGGAAUACAGGACCUAAAAAAGUUAGAAAGUCUUGAGGAGGAGCUUAAAGAGCGAUGUGGUGGUCAGCCCACUUUUGCACAAUGGGCUGCUGCGGCUGGAGUUGAUCAGAAAACCCUAAGAAAGCGCUUAAACCAUGGUAUUCAUUGCAAAGAUAGAAUGAUCAAGAGCAACAUAAGACUUGUUAUAUCCAUAGCAAAAAAUUAUCAGGGAGUUGGGAUGAAUCUUCCAGAUUUGAUUCAGGAAGGAUGUCGAGGGCUAGUUAAAAGUGCUGAGAAGUUUGAUGCUUCAAAGGGGUUCAGGUUCUCCACAUAUGCUUACUGGUGGAUUAAGCAGGCAGUUAGAAGAUCUCUUUCACAUCAAUCCCGGACAAUUCGACUGCCUUUGCACAUGGUUGAUGCAACAUAUAGAGUAAAGGAGGCAAGAAAGCAAUUGUAUAUAGAAAAUGGUAGGCAUCCUGACGAUGAAGAAGUAGCAGAGGCAGCGGGUUUGUCAAUGAAGAGGCUCACUGCUGUGAUGCUAACUCCGAAAGCUCCAAGAUCUCUUGAUCAGAAAAUGGGACUCAAUAUGGAUCUCAAACCUUCGGAAGUGAUUGCAGACCCCGAAGCUGAAACAUCUGAAGACUUUCUGAUCAAGCAGCUGAUGAGACAGGACCUCGAGAAGGUCUUGGACACUUUAAACCCAAGGGAGAAGCAAGUCAUAAGAUGGCGUUUUGGAAUGGAGGAUGGAAGGAUGAAGACACUACAAGAGAUUGGGGAAUUAAUGAACGUGAGCCGGGAGAGAAUCCGACAGAUUGAGAUAUGUGCGUUCCGUAAGUUGAAGAGCAAGAAAAGAACAGAACACUUUAAAAAGUACUUAACUGCUUAAAUUUCCAUACAUCCAGAGUCUAGGUUUAGCUUCUGCUGCUUACACCAUCAAUUGGGGUUGCAUUUGUUUGCUUGAAGUCGGGCUCGUUUAACGCAUUUAUUCUUCUUAAAUGAUUCCUUUUCUACCUAGCCCUCUUUCCUUUCACAGCAGAACUGUAGCAUAACACUGCAAAUGGUUUGUGCAUAAUAGUAUAUUUAAGAAACUUUUGUUCAGAUUUAGCUCAUUCGAGUUGAAUCAUGUAUGUUGGAACAGAGGUUAUGUUCCAGUAAUCAUGUGUUGAUCUGAA